GGGCAGCCGGCGGGCGGCGCGGAGGAGGCGGCGGCGGCAGGUGGCGCAAAGCGGCGCCAGAGCCGGGCCGGGCCAUGGCCGUCUCGGAGCGGCUCUACGAGUUGUGGCUGCUGUACUACGCACAGAAGGACCUGGGCUACCUGCAGCAGUGGGUGAAGGCCUUUGUGGGUUCCUUUGAGAAGAGCAUCUCACUGUCCUCGCUGGAGCCACACAGGCCCGAGGAGGCAGGUGCUGAGAUACCGCUACUGCCCCUGGAUGCCCUGCAUGUGCUGGCCAAGCAGCUGGACCAGGGGGACCUGGAGCAGGCCCUGCUGCUGCUCAAGCUCUUUAUCAUCCUCUGCAGGAACCUAGAGAAUGUAGAAGCAGGCUGGGGCCAGGUGCUGGUGCCCCGGGUGCUGGCACUGCUGACCGGGUUGGUGGCCGAGUUGAAGGGACCAGCACCAUCGCAGGAGGACCAUGGGCCCCGUCUGGAGAGUGUGGCCCUGCAUGCUCUGCUCCUCUGUGAGGGACUCUUUGACCCCUACCAGACCUGGCGACGCCAGCACAGCGGGGAAGUCAUCAGCUCCAAGGAGAAGAGCAAAUACAAGUUCCCUCCUGCUGUUCUGCCCCGUGAAUUCAGCGCCUUCUUCCAAGAGAGCCUGCAGGAUGCAGAUCGUCUGCCUCCCAUGCUGCUGCUGCGUCUCAUCCACCUCUUUGGUGCCAUCCUUGCAGGAGGGAAGGAGAAUGGGCAGAUGGCCGUGAGCGCUGGUUCUGUGCAGGGCCUGCUGGGUGUCGUGCGGCGUUGGGGCCGUGAGCCUGCCCAGGACCCCCGCCUAGUGCCACUGGCACUAGGGUCACUGGUGGGCACAGUACACGCCCUGCACACCAGCCGCGCACCCCCCCGUGGGCCAGAGCUUCGUGCCCUGCUUGAGGGUUACUUCCACAUCCUUAAUGCCGACUGGCCGACUGGUCCAAGCCCAGGCCCUGAGGAGACACUUGUCAGUCUGCGGGUCAGCAUGCUUGAUGCCAUCCCCAUGAUGCUGGCAUGCAAGGACCGGCCAGUGCUGCAAGCCACCUUCCUCAGCAACAACUGCUUUGAACACCUCACUCGCCUUGUCCAGAACAGCAAGCUGUAUGUGCAGGCCCAGGUGCCCCCUGAGGGGGACAGUGACCUGGCUACCCGGUUACUGACUGAGCCCGAUGUCCAGAAGGUCCUGACCCAGGACACAGAUGCCAUUGCAGUCCACGUCAUCCGGGUGCUGACCUGCAUCAUGAGCGGCUCCCCCUCAGCCAAGGAGGUGUUUAAGGAGCGCAUUGGCUACCCUCACCUGCAGGAGGUUCUGCAGAGCCACGGCCCCCCCACCCAUCGGCUACUGCAAGAGCUGCUCAACAUGGCUGUGGAGGGUGACCACAGCACAUGCCCGCCGCCACCGAUCCGCAAUGAGCAGCCGGUGCUGGUGCUGAUGCGGUGGCUGCCAUCACUGCCUACAGCCGAGCUGCGGUUCUUCCUAGCACAGUGCCUCUGGUGGCUCUGCAACAGCUGCCCUGCCAGCCGUGCCACCUGCGUGCAGGCGGGCCUGGUGGGCUGCCUGCUGGAGACUCUCAGCACGGGGCACGCCCUGGGGGCCCGCUGCCAGGAGCAGCUGCUGGCACUUCUGCAAGCGCUGGGCAGUGUGUCACUGAGGCCCUUGGAGCUGCGUCGCCUGCUGCGGCCCCCACCAGGGCUGGACUCAGGGCCAGGUGGAGCUGAGGCCGAGAACGCCCGGCACGCGGGUGCCAUCAUCCGUGCGUUGUUAGGCAUGGUCCGGCACCAGGGUCCCGCCCGUGCCCUACGCUACUUUGACCUCACGCCCAGCAUGGCUGGCAUCAUGGUGCCCCCUAUGCAGCGCUGGCCUGGACCUGGCUUCACCUUCCACGCCUGGCUUUGUCUGCACCCUACGGCUGCAGUGCCUGCCCCGGCCCCCACCCGGCCACUUCAGCGAAAGCAGCUGUACAGCUUCUUCACCAGCAGCGGCUCAGGGUUUGAGGCCUUCUUCACUGCGGCUGGGACGCUGGUGGUGGCCGUGUGCACCCGGAAGGAGUACUUGACCAUGAGCCUGCCCGAGGUGUCUUUCGCCGACUCAGCCUGGCACUGUGUGGCCAUCGUCCACGUGCCCGGGCGCCGGCCCUUCGGCCAGAACCUGGUCCAUGUCUACAAAGAUGGCUCUCUGGUCAAGACAGCACCCCUUCGCUGCCCCUCCCUCAGUGAGCCCUUCUCCUCCUGCUGUAUCGGCUCUGCUGGGCACCGCACCACAACCACCACCACGGGGCUGCCUGAGCCACCACUGCCUGCUGCCUUAGCUUACACUCACCCCUCGCUCACCCGCUCCCAGUCAGUCCCAGCCUCCACAGGGCUGGGCUGGGGGUCUGGGCUAGUGUCCCCCCUGCAGGAGGGCAGCAUCAGCUCCACCCUGGCAGGCACACAGGACACUCGGUGGGGCAGCCCCACGUCCCUGGAGGGCGAGCUGGGGGCCGUGGCUAUCUUCCAUGAAGCCCUGCAGGCGGCGCCUCUGCGGGCCCUGUGCACCCUCGGGCCCAAUGAGAUGGCACCCUUCAAGCCCGAGGGUGAGCUGCAUGAGCUCGCCACCAAGCUGCUCCUCCAUUACUCACCACAGGCCUGCAAGAACAACAUCUGCCUGGACCUGUCCCCUGGCCACGGGCUGGACGGUCGCCUGACAGGCCACAGGGUGGAGACCUGGGAUGUAAAGGACGUGGUGAACUGCGUGGGGGGCAUGGGUGCCCUGCUACCCUUGCUGGAGCGAGUGGCUAUGCAGCCUCAAGAGGCCGAGGCGGGCCCAGCCGAAACACAUGACCUCGUGGGGCCCGAGCUGACCUCUGGCCACAGCACCCAGGGCCUGCUUCUCCCACUGGGCAAGUCCUCAGCAGAGGAGCGGAUGGAGAAGAAUGCAGUGGCUGCCUUUCUGCUGAUGCUGCGCAACUUCCUGCGGGGCCACGCCGUGAAUCAGGAGAGCCUGGUGCAGUGCCAGGGGCCUGCCAUCAUUGGGGCCCUCCUGCGCAAGGUCCCAAGCUGGGCAAUGGACAUGAACGUGCUCAUGUCUAGCCAGCUGCUGAUGGAGCAGGUGGCAGCCGAGGGCUGUGGGCCCCUCCUGUACCUUCUCUACCAGCAUUUGCUCUUCAACUUUCACCUCUGGACCCUCAGCGACUUUGCUGUGCGCCUUGGCCACAUCCAGUACAUGUCCAGCAUAGUCCGUGAGCACAGACAGAAGCUGCGGAGGAAGUACGGGGUCCAGUUCAUCCUUGACGCCCUGCGCACCCAUUACAGUCCACAGCGGGAGCACCCCCUUGUGGCUGAUGACCUGCACACGGUGCAGACCUCACUCCUGGGCCUGGCUCGGGAGUUCCUGGCGCGGAGCUUCUCCACUGAUGACAUGCAGGUUGUGCUGAGCUUUCUGGCUGCCACCGGUGAUGAUGGCCAGGUGGUAGGCACACUGGACCUGUUGCUGGCGCUGCUGCAGGGCUCACCAGCACAGGAGCCGCUGGCUGCCUUCCUGCUGGAGCCUGGGAACCUUGAGGUGCUGCUGGCACUGCUGGUGCGGCCAGAGUCACUGCCCCUGCUGCCCGACCGAGUCUGCAAGAUCCUGCGCAGACUGCAGCAGAAUGAACGCUUGCCCGAGCGGAGCCGCCAGCGACUCCGACUGCGGGAGUAUGGCCUCCAGGGCCUUGUUGCUUGCCUGCCCGAGGGCACUGUUUCUCCGCAGCUCUGCCAGGGCUUCUACAAGCUGUUCUUGGGGGCAGAUUGCCUGAACCUCUCAGAUCUGAUGGCCGUGGUACAGCUAUCCCUCCAGGCUGACCUCAGCGUCCGCCUGGACAUUUGUCGCCAGCUCUUCCACCUCAUCUACGAACAGCCAGACAUAGUGCGGCUUCUGGCCCGCCAGGCUGGCUGGCAGGAUGUGCUGACCCGGCUGUAUAUCCUGGAGGCCACCACGGCUGGUGCUCCCCCACCCUUUCCCCCAGAGCCACCCACCUCCCCCGAGCCAGCCCUGCACAAGCCACCCAAUGAGUCACCUGCCGAGCCUUGCGACGUCUUCUUGCCCUCAGAGGCCCCCUGCCCUGACCCAGAUGCCUUUUAUCAGGCUCUCUCCCCCUUCUGCACGCACUUUGACCUGGGCCUAGAACGGGCCAGUGUGGGUUCCGGCAACACUGCCGGUGGCACCAGCAGCAAUGGGACUCUGACUCCGGCCAGCCAGCCUGGUACACCCUCCCCACUAGAUGGGCCCCGGCCCUUCCCUGCUGCCCCCGGCCGCCACAGCUCCAGCCUCUCCAAUGUGCUGGAGGACGGCAGCCUCCUGGAGCCCGCCAUUAGUGGGGAUGACACCUCAAACACCAGCAGCCCUCAGCAAACCCCUGAGGAGGAGUUGUGCAACCUGCUCACCAACGUGCUGUUCUCAGUGACGUGGCGGGGCGUGGAAGGCAGUGAUGAGGCUGCCUGGCGGGAGCGGGGCCAGGUCUUCUCGGUACUCACCCAGCUCGGGGCCUCAGCCACACUUGUACGCCCACCAGACUGCAUCAAGCGCAGCCUCCUGGAGAUGAUGCUGGAGUCAGCUCUGACCGACAUCAAGGAGGCCUCGACUGGGGUCCUGGCGAGUCUCACCCAGCAGGCGCUUUGGCUGCUGCGCCUGCUGCAGGACUUCCUGUGUGCUGAGGGCCAUGGAAACCAGGAGCUGUGGAGUGAGAAGCUUUUGGAAGGUGUGUGCAGCCUACUUGAUCGCCUGGGGGCCUGGCUGCACCUGGCCGACGGCACAGCAGAUCUCCGGGAAAUGGCACAGAUCGGCCUGCGCCUGGUGCUUGGCUACAUACUGCUGGAGGACCCGCAGCUGCAUGCCCAGGCCUACGUGAAGCUGCACGCGCUGCUGCAGACCACAGUGCCAAUGCGUCGCGAGGAGGCCUGCUACGUGCUCUCUAAGCUGGAGGCGGCACUGGCGAGGGCACUGAACUCCUCCUCUGAGACAGCCACCGGGGACGCGGGACCCCCAAAUCCCACUGCUACAGCUUCAGAGCGCUGCUCAUGGCUGGUUCCACUGGUGCGCACGCUGCUGGACCGUGCCUAUGGGCCACUGGGGCUGCAGUGGGGGCUGCCCUCCCUGCCGCCAACCAAUGGCAGCCCCACCUUCUUUGAGGACUUCCAGGCCUUUUGUGCUACACCUGAAUGGCGUCUCUUCAUUGACAAGCAGGUACAGCCCACCAUGUCGCAGUUCGAAAUGGACACGUACGCUAAGAGCCACGACCUCAUGUCAGGCUUCUGGAAUGCCUGCUACGACACACUCAUGAGCAGUGGGCAGCGGCACCGACGCGAGCGCACCCACAGCCGCCAGGCCUUCCAGGAGCUGGUGCUAGAACCCACACAGAGGCGCACCCGCCUGGAGGGGCUGCGCUACGCAGCUGCGGUGAAGCAGCAGGCGGCCCAGCACUCCACUGCCUUGCUGCACUGGGGAGCGCUGUGGCGCCAGCUCUCUAGCCCCUGCGGGGCCUGGGCACUGAGGAACCCUCCCACUCCCCGCUGGAAGCUGUCCAGUGCUGAGACAUACUCCCGCAUGCGUCUGAAGCUGGUUCCCAACCAUCACUUCGAUCCUCACCUGGAAGCCAGUGCCCUUCGUGACAACCUGGGGGAGGCCCCCCUGACACUCACCGAGGAGGCCUCGCUGCCUCUGGCAGUGACCAAGGAGGCCAAAGUCAGCACCCCACCCGAGGAGCUGCAGGAAGACCAGCUAGGCGAGGACGAAAUGGCCGCGCUGGAGACAGCGAUGAAGGCUGCGGAACUGGAUGAGCAGCGCGAGAAGCUGGUGCUGUCGGCCGAGUGCCAGCUGGUCACGGUGGUGGCUGUAGUCCCAGGGCUGCUGGAGGUGACCACACAGCACGUGUACUUCUACGAUGGCAGCUCCGAGCGUGUGGAAACCGAGGAGGGUAUCGGUCAUGACUUCCGGCGCCCACUGGCCCAGCUGCGGGAGGUCCACCUGCGGCGUUUCAACCUGCGCCGCUCAGCGCUUGAGCUCUUCUUCAUCGAUCAGGCCAACUACUUCCUCAACUUUCCUCGCAAGGUGGGUGGGACCCCAGCCUCAUCCGCUCACCAGGCCCUGAGCCUGCCCAACUGCAGCUUAGCCCCAACCCUGCCCCAUCCCACCCUACCGCACACCCAGGUACGGAACCAAGUAUACUCAUGCCUCCUGCGUCUACGGCCACCCACCCAAGGCUACCUAGGCAGCCGCUCGCCCCAGGAGAUGCUACGCGCCUCAGGCCUUACCCAGAAAUGGGUACAGCGUGAGAUAUCCAACUUCGAGUACUUGAUGCAACUCAACACCAUUGCGGGGCGGACCUACAAUGACCUGUCUCAGUACCCUGUGUUCCCCUGGGUCCUGCAGGAUUACGUGUCCCCAACCCUGGACCUCAACAACCCGGCUGUCUUCCGGGACCUGUCCAAGCCCAUCGGUGUGGUGAACCCCAAGCAUGCCCAGCUCGUGAGGGAGAAGUACGAGAGCUUUGAGGACCCAGCGGGCACCAUUGACAAGUUCCACUAUGGGACCCACUACUCCAACGCAGCAGGCGUGAUGCACUACCUCAUCCGCACAGAGCCCUUCACUUCCCUGCACGUCCAGCUGCAGAGUGGCCGCUUUGACUGCUCUGACCGGCAGUUCCACUCGGUGGCAGCUGCCUGGCAGACCCGCCUGGAGAGCCCCGCCGAUGUGAAGGAGCUCAUCCCAGAGUUCUUCUACUUCCCUGACUUCCUGGAGAACCAGAAUGGAUUUGACCUGGGCUGCCUCCAGACGAGCAACGAGAAGGUGGGUGAUGUGGUGCUGCCACCAUGGGCCAACUCUCCUGAGGACUUCAUCCAGCAGCACCGCCGGGCUCUGGAGUCGGAGUAUGUGUCUGCCCACCUGCACGAGUGGAUCGAUCUCAUCUUUGGCUACAAACAGCGGGGGCCUGCAGCUGAGGAAGCCCUCAAUGUCUUCUAUUACUGCACCUAUGAAGGAGCUGUGGACCUGGACCAUGUGGCGGAUGAGCGGGAACGGAAGGCUCUGGAGGGCAUUAUCAGCAACUUUGGGCAGACCCCUUGUCAGCUGCUGAAGGAGCCACAUCCAGCCCGGCUCUCAGCUGAGGAAGCAGCCCACCGCCUUGCACGUCUGGACACUAACUCCCCUAGCAUCUUCCAGCACCUGCAUGAGCUCAAGGCCUUCUUUGCAGAGGUUGUCAGUGAAGGUGUGCCCCUGGUGUUGGCCCUGGUUCCCCACCGGCAACCCCACUCCUUCAUCACCCAGGGUUCGCCAGACCUGUUGGUGACCGUGAGUGCCAGUGGGCUGCUGGGCACCCACAGCUGGUUGCCCUAUGACCGAAACAUAAGCAACUACUUCACCUUCAGCAAAGACCCCACCAUAGGCAGCCCCAAGAUGCAGCGACUUCUGAGUGGCCCAUGGGUGCCAGGCAGCAGUGUGAGUGGGCAAGUAUUGGCAGUGGCCCCCGAUGGAAAGCUGUUGUUCAGCGGUGGCCACUGGGAUGGCAGCCUACGAGUGACCGCACUACCCCGUGGCAAGCUGUUGAACCAGCUGAGCCGCCACCUUGAUGUAGUAACCUGCCUUGCACUGGACACCUGUGGCAUCUACCUCAUCUCAGGCUCCCGGGAUGCCACGUGCAUGGUGUGGCGGCUCCUGCAGCAGGGCGGUCUGUCGGUAGGGCUGGUGCCAAAGCCUGUGCAGGUCCUAUAUGGGCACAAGGCUGCAGUGAGUUGCGUGGCCAUCAGCACUGAACUCAACAUGGCUGUGUCUGGAUCCGAGGAUGGAACUGUGAUCAUCCACACUGUACGCCGUGGCCAGUUUGUGGCAGCACUGCGGCCCCCAGGGGCCACACUGCCUGGACCUGUGUCCCACCUGGCACUGGGAUCUGAGGGCCAGAUUGUGGUACAGAGCUCAGCACGGGAGCGUCCAGGGGCCCAGGUUACCUACUCCUUGCACCUGUACUCAGUGAAUGGGCGGCUGCGGGCUUCACGUCCCCUGGCAGAGCAGCCCACAGCCCUGACGGUGACUGAGGACUUCAUUCUGCUGGGCACAGCCCAAUGCGCUUUGCACAUCCUCCACCUGCACAAACUGCUCCCGGCUGCGCCUCCCCUGCCCAUGAAGGUGCCCAUCUGCAGCGUGGCCGUGACCAAGGAGCGUAGCCAUGUACUUGUGGGCCUGGAGGACGGCAAGCUUAUCGUGGUGGGCGCGGGACAGCCCUCUGAGGUGCGCAGCGGCCAGUUCGCGCGCAAGCUGUGGCGCUCCUCGAGGCGCAUCUCCCAGGUGUCAUCGGGGGAGACAGAGUACAACCCCAGUGAGGAGCGCUGAGGGCCUGCCCCGCCCAGCUGCUCAUGCCCCGCCUCCAGCGGGUCCCACCCAGGGACACCCCGCCCAGGAGUCCGCGGGGAAAGCAG